AUGCGUAGAGGUCGUGGUGAGCCUUGUGAAACCGGGGCUCGACGGGAGCUGGCGUGUACGUUGAGCUUCGUUCCGCCUGGGUCGGCUGGCGGGUGGACUCGUGGUAAGCCGCCACCACCACCACCAACACCAACACCACGUGCACCAUUAUCACCACGAUCACCGCCAGGUUCGUGUCAACAAGUUUCAAGGACGAUACCAGCGUCGGCACGAGCCAACAAUUGCGAGCGGGUACGCAUUCACGCAGUCGAUUCGUGUGUUUCUCUAGUCGCGUUGCGGCGACGAGACUCGAGCGGGAUCGGCGUUCUAGGUCGUGACCGCGCCCGCAGCAGCAGCAGCAGCAGCAGCAGCAGCAGUUUCUGGUUGGCGAACACGCCAACUCGGCGCUGGUGCACCGGCCUCGAGGCGCGCGGUACGGGCUUUUUCGUGCCGCGCUCUUCAGAGCACCUACUUUACAAUUGGGGUUCCCGAAGGCACGUAGUGCAGCGAGGCACUUGCCAACGGGCUAGCGCUGGAGCUCUGAUGCUCUCGCUGACCAGCCACCGUCGCCAAGAGACGCCAUGCUCAUCGCGGACAAACGCCGGCGAUACAUUCACGUCGGAUGAAUUGGCCACUGUGGAGCAGCUGUUAGAGGUCGCGCCGCAAGAGCGUGCGGAACUCGACCGGGGAGGCACUCUGUCUGAAUCAGACGGUAAUGGGCGCGGUGAAGCCGAGGGUGUAGCUGCGACAGCUCCGGCUGCGACAGAAGGCAUGGACCGUCAACGUGCGCGCCUCAUCCAGGACGCUCGGUCGUCGACCCGUGCUGUGCACGGCGGUGAACGUGCCAAGGGCGGAAAGAAGGCCAAAGCGACGGCGGACUCGUUGACAACACCCAUCGUGCAGUCUUCAACGUUCACGUUCCGCAAUACGCGGGAAUGUAUCCAAUAUAACUUAGGUAAGUACUCCUCGUUCGAAUACGGAAGGUACGGAAACCCAACGACACGGGCUGCGGAGGAGAAACUAAUCGACCUCGAGUGCGGGAAUCUGGCACAGCAGGAUGCUCAUCCGGACUCCGCCGUCUAUGAUGCGCUCUUGUCGGCCUCCGGUAUGAAUGCCGUCACCACCAUGUUGUUUGCAUUGUUCGCCUUGGACAAUGCAGAUGUACGGGGCGCGGGGCUCGGUACCACGGUCUCAGAGGAGGGCACUGGUGGUUGCCUCAUCACGACGACAGACUGCUAUCGCCGAACGCGCCAGUUUAUUGAAGAAAUGAUGCCCCGACUCAACGUGCGCGUCGUGAUCAUGGAUCCAAGCGACCUUGCGCUGCUGGAAAGUACGUUGCGGGAAAUACGAGAGUCCACCGACGGCGCCAUCACCCAGCAGAGAGUCGUGUUCUUCAGUGAGUCGCCGACGAACCCCCUUCUGCGUCUAGUGGAUGUGCCGCGCAUUGUUGCACUGGCGCGUCAAUACGAUAUGAUGGUCUGCAUUGAUAGCACGUUCGCCACACCAAUCAACCAUCGACCGCUAGAGCUUGGGGCGGAUCUCGUGCUCCACAGUGCGACCAAGUACCUGGGUGGCCACAACGACAUUCUUGCCGGCGCUCUGAUCGGCCGUGCUGAACUCAUCGCAAAGGUUCGUCGCGCGCACGGCAUCCUUGGUGGCGUCAUUGAUCCCCACACGAGUUAUCUGCUCCUGCGUGGACUCAAGACCCUCAAGAUCCGUGUGGACGCCCAUAAUCAGAAUGCUGCCGCUCUCGCACAUCGACUGGCCAAUGAUGAGCGCAUCGCCUGUGUCCAUUGGCCGGGUUUACCUGAACACCCCGAUUAUCACCUCGGUCGCCGCCUUCAUGAAGCGUAUGCUCAGUUUAGGGCAGCGGAUGGUGGUUGCGGCUUUGGUGGUGUGCUCUCCUUCGAGUUGCGUGGUCACUUGCGCGGUGGCGCCGACGAUCCCUACGGUGCGGAGACGUUUCGCCGUACGGGAAAGUUCAUCGACGCACUCCGCAUACCGUACAUCGGCCCGAGCCUGGGCGGCACGGAAACUCUCGUCGAACAAGUCUGCAUCAUGGGCUAUUUUGAUCAACCGCUUUGGCGACGACGCCGUCUCGGAAUCACUUGCGGUCUCGUGCGUUUCUCCUGUGGAAUCGAGGACGCUGAGGAUAUCGUUCAAGACGUGAUGCAUGCACUAGACGUGGCGUUCGAGGAUACGUACGUGUGA